AUGGAUCAUCACCACGUCCCGACCCGCAGGGCCCAGCCAAGGAUCCGCGCAGAGGUGGCCACUCCCGAGCGCUCCUCCGACACCAGCGCCAGCCCCCGCGCGCAGAGCAGCUCCGUCCUGGCCGUGAUCCUCGGCGGCGGGGCAGGCACCCGUCUCUACCCCCUCACCAAGAACCGUGCCAAGCCGGCUGUGCCCAUUGGAGGCGCCUAUCGCCUCAUCGACGUGCCCAUGAGCAACUGCAUCAACUCCGGCAUCUCCAAGAUCUACAUCCUCACCCAGUUCAACUCCACCUCUCUCAACCGCCAUCUGGCACGCACCUACAACAUGGGCACCUCGGGUGUGCGCUUUGGAGGGGACUCCUUCGUCGAGAUCCUGGCGGCCAACCAGACGCCCACCACAGACGCCUGGUUCCAGGGCACCGCCGAUGCGGUGCGGCAGUACAGCUGGCUGUUUGAAGACGUGAAGAACCGCAACGUGCAGGACAUCGUCGUCCUUUCCGGCGACCACCUGUACCGCAUGGACUACAUGAAGUUCGUGGAGGCGCACCGCGCCAGCAACGCCGACAUCAGCAUCGGCUGCCUUCCCGUGGACCACACUCGCGCCUCCGACUUUGGUCUCAUGAAGAUAGAUGGCGAGGGCCGCAUCGUGGACUUUGCGGAGAAGCCGCGCGGCGCGGCGUUGGAGGCCAUGGCGGUGGACACGACCGUGCUGGGGCUGGAUGCAGAGGCGGCGGCCGCCAACCCCUUCAUCGCCUCCAUGGGCAUCUACGUCUUCCGCAAGGAUGUCAUGAUCAAGCUGCUCAAGGACGACCCCAGCCGCAACGACUUUGGGGGGGAGAUCAUACCGCAGUCGGCCAAGGACAAUAAGGUGAUGGCGUACCUCUUCAACGGCUACUGGGAGGACAUUGGGACCAUCGAGUCCUUCUUCGAGUCCAACAUCAACCUGACCCGGAAUCCCCCCCAGUUCGAGUUCCACGACCCCAAGGGCCCCAUCUACACAUCGCCGCGCUUCCUCCCCCCCGCAAAGAUCAUCCGAUCCCGCGUGACGGAUGCGGUGGUGAGCCACGGCUCGCUCCUCAGGGACUGCUUUGUGGACACUUCCAUCAUCGGCAUCCGGUCUCGCAUCGACAAGGGCGUGGAGAUGAAGGAGGUCCUCAUGAUGGGGCAGGACUACUUUGAGUCCAACGAGCAGCGUGCGGAGCUGAUUGCCUCCGGCCAGGUGCCCAUGGGCGUUGGGGCCAAUUCCAAGCUGACUCGAGUGAUCCUGGACAAGAACGCCCGCAUUGCGGAGGAUGUGCACAUCACAAACCCGGAGGGGGUCCAGGAGGCUUCGCGGGAGGAGGAGGGCUACUUCAUCCGCUCUGGCAUCGUGGUGGUGGCCCGCAACGCCACCAUCAAGGCAGGCACCCGCAUCUGA